UGAUUGGUGUGAGAAGUGCAAUCAUGCAUGCACGCCUGACGGGGCUGAGGUGAACAACGACAGCAGCCUUCUCGGUCUCUACACCCCAACUCCUCUUUUUCUCUACCACCGACAAGGUUAUGGGAUUUUGAAUAUUUUCGCUUGCUUACUCUCUCUAGCACACCUGGUCUGGAAGAUGCCCCUGGAAGAUGCUCUUGUUGACAGUGACAUGCUGGCUCAUGCCGACCUUGACAAUGGCUAUGGUGGCCCGUCCGAGCUUGUGUUAUUUCCAUAUUUUCCAACCACUAACGACAUGUAUCAUGGCCAGGUGCCAGAUGUGUUAGCACCGUCAGACCCAUUUGCAACUGGAUUCGAUUGGUAUGAUCAUGCAGCAAGAGUAAUGGAACGCUCACAGUUCAAGUACAAGUGGGAGAAGACCCUGGAACGGGUCUUGACCAAACCGCGACUGACCGAGAGCGGUGUUGCUUUUAUUACAAAAUGCUUGGGCCACCUGGAGAAACCACCAUCCUGGUGUUCGAACCCGAAAUUAUUCUAUGUUAUGCAAAACAUAUCUCUUGAGCAUCGGCUCUCUGAGCUGUUGGAUAUUGGUGUGACUGAUUUGUGGUUGCCCGUCCCUAGACGCCUUCUCCGCAAAUGGUUGAGUGAUUACGAGACAGGAAAAUUCAUCACAUGUCAGGAGAGGGUUCUCGACGAAAAAAUUGCUGUCGAUCUGCAAGGAAAACACUUCACACUUGACAGUAUUGAUCAGCUUGAUCUUCCCAGCAUGCGGGUCCUUGGCGCUGGAGGCUUCGGCGAAGUUCACCAGGUCCAGAAUCAACAGAACGGCCAAGUGUAUGCUUGCAAGACCAUGACAAGGCCAGUCAGAUAUGACGCUCAUACUUCCUUGAUGCACAACUUCAAGCGAGAGGUCAUGGGCAUGCGUCGAGUUCGCCAUCACCACUGUGUCGAUCUAGUGGCUUCAUGUACCGACAUGGAUUCUGUGGCCAUACUGUCUUCCCCGGUCGCUGAUCUGGACCUAUCCGAAUUCCUGAACUUGGAUCUCAACGCAGUUCAGCUAGGUUUGCUGACGCAGGCAAUUGGAUGCAUUACAUCUGCGCUUGCGUAUUUGCACAGUCUCAAUAUCAGACACGACGACCUGAAGCCAAACAACAUCCUCAUACAUGGAGCCAAUAUCCUUUUGACCGACUUUGGAUUUUGCCUAGAUUCAUCGGAUAGUGGUAUUAGUACCACAGUAGGGCCGCCAUCGCACUCUACUAGAAGAUACUCCGCGCCGGAGGUCUUUGACCACGACCCGAGGAGUCGAUUGACAGACAUCUGGAGCCUGGGUUGUGUCCUCGCUGACAUCGUCUCUCGUCUAUUUGGCUACAAGCUCGAUGGGAUGAAGGCAUACUGGCUCUCGUGUGGGUCCAAAUUCGAUAGUUACGCUGAAAAUCGCGUUGCUACAACAGCCUGGUAUUCAGGGCUUCUGCAAAAUACAAUAGACCCCAGUUGGCGCUUGGUACUUUCUAUAAUCUGGACCGAACUUCUUGAAAGAGACCGAGUAAAGAGGCCGAGCGCAGAACAGGUACUAACUACUCUCCUUAUGAUGAGAUCACCAUCUCAAGAUGCGCUCUGGGUCGGUCCAUGUUGUCGAGCAUCCCGGACAGCUAAUCCCCAGGCACCUCCAUUGUUGAACACCUCGUUGGGGUCGUUGUUUCCGAUGUCCAGCCCGAUGGCAAGGGAUAAUCCGGUUGAUCACGCCGCUCGAAGCAACCAACAGCCAGAUACGCAUGACGAAUCUGCACUGGAAUACCGGCAACCGCAAGAUCGCGGGUUUCGAAUGUACCGACGUCCGCACUAUACGAGCAGGCGUCUUUAGAUCUCUCACCUUGAGACCGCCACCAGAAAAAUGUACAUCAUAAGAGACUCCGACGUAUUCGGCACCAGGAAUUCCUCGACCUAUCCCGCAACAUCGCUGACGACAGUGAUACGUAGUCGCGACGGAAACUGGUACUGUGCUG